GCGCAGCAACCCUGUUUCUUUCUCUUUUCUUACAGAUUUGCACGGCACGAUGGGUUGCAAAUACCUGCUGGGCCUGGGUCAGCAGAUGCUGCGCCGGAAGGUGGUGGACUGCAGCCGGGAGGAGAGCAGGCUGUCCCGAUGCCUCAACACCUUCGACCUCGUAGCUCUCGGGGUCGGCAGCACCCUGGGUGCUGGCGUCUACGUCCUAGCCGGCGCGGUGGCCCGUGAAGAUGCUGGUCCCGCCAUCGUCAUCUCCUUCCUGAUUGCGGCCUUGGCCUCAGUGCUGGCCGGCCUGUGCUACGGCGAGUUUGGUGCCCGCGUCCCCAAGACGGGCUCGGCCUACCUCUACAGCUACGUGACAGUGGGGGAGCUCUGGGCCUUCAUCACUGGCUGGAACCUGAUUCUCUCCUACAUCAUUGGUACUUCAAGUGUGGCAAGAGCCUGGAGUGCGACCUUCGACGAGCUCAUAGGCAAACACAUCGGAGACUUUUCACGCAAGCACAUGGCUCUGAAUGUCCCUGGGGUGCUGGCCCAGAACCCUGACGUAUUUGCUGUGAUUAUAAUCAUCAUCCUAACAGGAUUGUUAACUGUCGGUGUGAAAGAGUCAGCCAUGGUCAACAAGAUAUUCACGUGUAUUAACGUCCUGGUCUUGUGUUUCAUCAUGGUGUCCGGCUUCGUGAAAGGCUCCAUUACAAACUGGCAGCUCACCGAGAAGGAUUUCUUGAAUGAGUCCAGCCGCCUCUGUAGGAACAAUGACACAAACGUGAAACACGGUGAGGGAGGGUUCAUGCCCUUUGGAUUCUCGGGUGUCCUGUCUGGGGCAGCGACCUGCUUCUAUGCCUUCGUGGGCUUUGACUGCAUUGCCACCACAGGUGAAGAAGUAAAGAACCCCCAGAAGGCCAUUCCUGUGGGUAUCGUGGCGUCCCUCCUCAUCUGCUUCAUAGCGUACUUCGGCGUGUCCGCCGCUCUCACACUCAUGAUGCCUUACUUCUGUCUGGACACCGACAGCCCGCUGCCUGGUGCCUUCAAGUACAGCGGCUGGGAAGGCGCUAAGUACGCCGUGGCUGUCGGCUCCCUCUGCGCACUUUCCACCAGCCUCCUGGGCUCUAUGUUUCCUAUGCCCCGAGUUAUCUAUGCCAUGGCUGAAGACGGGCUCCUCUUUAAAUUUUUGGCCAAAAUCAACGAUAGGACCAAAACACCAAUAAUCGCCACGGUGACCUCAGGCGCCAUUGCUGCUGUGAUGGCCUUCCUCUUUGAGCUGAAGGACCUGGUAGACCUCAUGUCAAUCGGCACCCUCCUGGCUUACUCUCUGGUGGCCGCCUGCGUUCUGGUCCUACGAUACCAGCCGGAACAACCUAACCUGGUAUACCAGAUGGCCAGAACCACCGACGAGCUAGAUCAAGUAGACCAGAACGAGCUGGUCAGUGCCAGUGACUCCCAGACAGGCUUUUUACCAGUACCCGAGAAGUUUUCUCUGAAAACCAUACUUUCGCCCAAGAACAUGGAGCCAUCCAAAUUCUCAGGGCUAAUUGUGAACAUUUCAGCCGGCCUCCUAGCUGCCCUUAUCAUUACUGUGUGCAUUGUGGCCGUGCUUGGAAGAGAGGCUCUGGCCGAAGGGACGCUGUGGGCAGUCUUUGUGAUGACAGGGUCGGUUCUUCUCUGCAUGCUGGUGACGGGAAUCAUCUGGAGGCAGCCUGAGAGCAAGACCAAGCUCUCGUUUAAGGUACCCUUUGUCCCCAUACUUCCUGUCUUGAGCAUCUUCGUGAACAUCUAUCUCAUGAUGCAGCUGGACCAGGGCACGUGGAUCCGGUUUGCUGUGUGGAUGCUCAUAGGCUUCUCCAUCUAUUUCGGCUAUGGGCUGUGGCACAGUGAGGAGGCGUCCCUGGCCACAGGCCAGGCAAGGACCCCUGACAGCAACUUGGACCAGUGCAAAUGACGCGCAGCCCCGCCCACCGAGGUGACGUCGGUUGACGGGUGCCCAUAGAGGCCUGAGACCCUCAUGUACUUUCCACCCAUGCUGCAGGAUCAGCUAUCACACCUCCGUUGUCACCAAAGGUGCCGUGAGCCAGAUUGCAGCCUCAGUCACGGCUGACAUGGCCUGGCCAGACAGCCCUGCAGCCAGCUCAUGAGAUCCUGGUCACUUCUGGACAGCUCCUUGGUCUCCUCAUCUCCCUCUGAGCAAAGACAGCAGCUCUUCUCCCUGCCGGCUGGGCGCUUCGCUGCUGCGGCCCCAGCAGAAGGGGGGACCCCCUUCUCUAACCUGCAAAGCAGGCCUCCCUUCCUGGGACACCCCCCCCCCCGGUAUUGCUCAUGUAUACACUCCAGACUGUUAGUGAGCGUCUCCCUGUCAGCCCAGCCAGGACCACCAUGUGACCACAAGAUGCGAGACUAGCCCUAUGAGAAAGCGUGUCCCCAGCCAUGCUGCCCAACAGCCAGUCACCUACAGGGUACCUGAAAAGGAAGAACAGAACCUCAUCUGCCUGCUUUCCGGCUGGGGUGACAGGAUGAGGACUCGGUCCAUACAGGUUUCCCAGCCUCUGUGACCUUGUGACAGACCCCAGGACGGUUU